GUGAAGCAAAACCACACAAUGUUGCAACCCUCUUCCUCUUAUUUUUUUCACUCCAUCACAGUUAAACUGAAUUACUUAAACAUCUCAUUCUCAGACGCAAAACUGGAACAAUGUCUACUGUAUGUGUUUGAACAAGAUUCCUGAAACCUUUGGCUCUUUGGGUGGCACUGUAGCCUCACGCUGUCAGGGAUGAGGUCAUCCUGACCUGGUCGCACUCUGUCAGUUCCUGAUUUCUCCCAACUGUUCGGUGUAAGAUCACCUCGUCCUGCCCACCCACUCUCAGUUCCCGUGUUAGUCAGCUUUGAAAUCAUCAAUAUUUUCCCAUAAUGGAAUUUGGUGUAUUUUCCAUUUUACUGGUGAUGACCAGCCUGGCUCAUUAUACAGCUGGAAAUGUUCCACACAUCAUUACAGAUCCACAUGUUAAUGCUGACCUGGGUGGUGAUUUCACACUGAACUGUAGGCUGAGUGUGAGCAAUACCAACGUGAUACAGGUUGAGUGGUCAUGGGGAUCAUCAGAGAAGCCUGAAGAGAAAAUUGUUGUUUUUAAAAAAGGGUCUGAGGCAAAUUACCCAAGUCUCAAAUUCAGUGACAGAAUAACUUUUUUCAGUCACUCCCAGCAUCAUGUGUCCAUCCGAAUCUCAGACGUGAUAAUGAAUGACACCGGAAACUACGUCUGUCAGUACACCACCUUCCCCAGCGGCAGCUUUCAAGCGACCACCACAGUCACUGUAACAGAGCCCUCCCAUGGAGCUUCCCUUUGGAUUGUGGGAACUGUCAUGGCUGCCCUGCUGUUCACAGUCCUGCUGGCUGCCGCUGUGUAUGUCACCCUAAAACAUGCCCGGAAAACGACCAGCGCAAGAAGCCGCCCAGAUCAGACCACCAAUGAUCAAGAUAAGGAUUUAAACUAUGCAGAAAUUGGUUUCUUCAGGAAAGCAGGCAGCACGAAGGUUCCCCAGUCCAAACCAGACGUAGAGUAUGGAGAAGUGAUCUUUCCCAGCCAAGUGUCAAGCGCCCAUCUUCCUUCAGGUGGACCGAACGCGGACAGGGACACAACUUACGCCGAGACCAAGAGGGCCUAACCACUCCGGACUGAGCUCUGAUGCUUCAUUACAUGUGACAUUGGUUCAUUAAGUAAAGUGUUCUAUUAACUGCCAGAUAUUGCUGUUGUUCGCUUGUGCCCCUAUUGCUGAUAGACAGGGUCAGCAAGCUACAUGUUUCCUGGUUCGGCCUGCGUGUGGUAUGAUAAUACCAGUGAAUAAAUGCUGUGCAGAACAGA